GAGAGCAAGAGAAACAGGACCUGAUGGAACAUUGCCCUUAAAUGGUAAAAGCUCCCAGGAGUGAGAGAGAGGCUGGGCUGAGAAUAGCAGGAAUUAGCCUGACAGUCCGUACUGAGCCAGUGAGUGUUUAGGAGGAUUUGUAUAACGGAAUCUGAGCACUGGGUCCUGACGACAGAGUACAGAGUCCUCCUUGUGUCUCCUACCCCUGACCAGAAGCAGGAAACAGAUGUGCUGCCUCAGUCCCAGGAGAUCUUUGAACUACUACAUCACCAGUGGCUCUCUACCCACAGUGGAUGUUACAACGAUGGUAGACCAGGGCAGUACUCAUCUCUGCUCGAAGCCCUUAAUCUAGAACUUUCCGGGAGCCACCAACCGCUUGGAACCCAGAAGCGAUUUGGACAACAGCCAUUGGACCAAAGCGGUGGGGAAGAAGGGAAGCCUUCAUCGCCAAAGGAGAGCUUGACCAGAGGACAAGACUCAGAGACCACAGGCAGGAAUAGCGUGGGUGGAUCGCGGUCCCAGGAGGUGGAUGUGAAGCAAAGACUGAGCCCAGAGGCUGAAGAACAGCUUCCCCCCACCACCUUACCAGAAGACGAAGAUUUGGCCUCGAUCUCCUCCCUGCGGCAGCUGCUGAACAACUUCUCCUUGGUGGGUCUUGAACCCUCUCUGAUCCGUGGCGCCCGUUGUGUCAUAGCCCCCAGUAUGCCCACCCUUCCUGAAGAGGAGGUGAGACCUGAGCAUCAGGAAGCAACACAGAGCGCCAAACCCAACGUUCUAGCUGCUGGAACGGGGAUGAACACGACACCAGCAAUUGUCCUCCCAGAGGUCACUGGCUCUUCGGACAAGGAGUCUGACCGAGCCACACACCUGAGAUGCCCCAGCCCCAUCCAGAGAAAGUCCAGCAGAAACUCCCGGGCCUCCUUGUCCUCGGCAAGUUCCCUCACCACUGUCGAUGGAGAUGGCCACGUGUACGAUCUGGUGAAUGACCAGCUGCCCGACGUCGAGCUCUCCGACGAAGACAGAAAGAAAAACACGGAGCUGCUGGAGGAGGCGAAGAAAAUCAGUGAGAGGUUCCACAGCCGUCGGAGCCGCCGCUCCAGGACCAGUGUUUCCGAUUCACCGCCAGAGCCAGACAUGGCAGCAGUCAGGACAAUGGCCGUGCCUUCGCUUCAGGCUGGGGAGGAAGAGGCCCCUUCACCCAUCAGGGACAAGGAGAUGAAGCUUUUAGAAGUCCCUGGAUCAAGACAACACGAUGCCCAAGUGAAAUCUGAGCAACACACCAGAAAGCUUUCUCCAGCCAGGACAACCAGCGAAACCAGAAAACAGUCUCCAGCCAAGAAGGCCAUUGAAAAUAGAAACCCAUCUCCAGGGGCAGUGGGUUUUCAGUUGUCUUCUAGAAAGGUGAUGGAUGCAUCUGUCCAUCGGAAAGAAGCUGUGUCCCUGGAAGCUGGUGCAGGUAGUGAGUCCAAGCCUUUGGACAAGAACCGCCAUAGCCCCCAUGUCAAAGGGGCAGAAAGUGCUACCAAGUCAAGUUCUCUGGAACGCAACAUGAUUCCAAUGAGACCCCCCCAGGCACUGGGCUCCGAAACCGGAGCUGUUAGAACGAGUAUUGAACAUGCUGCCCCUCGCCCCAGGGUGCCCUGCACAGCCGAAAUCAAAUCUCUGAGCUCGCAGCCUCUUCUGCGGGCCGUUUCCUGGGAGUGUCUGGAGGUGGACGGGGAGCUGAACGCGCCCCCAAGCCCCCCUCUCCAGACUGUCGAGAGCUUCGAUUUCAGCGUACUCGACACCAGCCAGCUUAGAGCCUUCGACUGUAAGGAACUGCCCGUCGAACCAAAGCUGCAGAAACUCACCAAACUGCGUGAGGAGAAUAAACUGAUGCGGAGCCAAAACCUGUCAGCACAGAGAUUACCCGACCUCAGUGAAAGCAACGAACAGGAGAGAGGGCCAUCGCCCGUCCCGUGCCCGGCAACCAAUGGCACUGAUGGCAGCUGCGAUGCCACGCCGAGCAUUCCGGACUGUCUGCUCCGGAAGCUGAAGGUCCAGAGGACGCUGCCCGCAGGAUUGCCACCUUUGACAGAGAAGGAAGUUGAGAACACAUUCGUCCAGCUCUCCUUGGCCUUUAAAAAUGACAGCUACACUCUGGAGGCAAGGCUGGGUCUGGCUGAGAGGGAGAGAAACUUGGCUGAAGACAACACAGAGAGGGAACUUGAGAACUUCAAAUCAGAGCUGAAGUCCUCGGCCUCGCUCUGGGCUAACUCCGAACAACGCGAAGCCCAGGAGAGGCUCUUGGAAACCGUGGCUGUCCUCCAGCGCCUGGCCAUCAGGCUCUCAGGACGGGCUGAGAUGGUGGGGGCAGUCCGGCAGGAGAAGCGAAUGUCCAAGGCCACCGAGGUGAUGAUGCAGUACGUGGAGAACUUGAAGCGCAUGUAUGAGAAGGACCAUGCGGAGCUCACCGAGUUCAAAAAGCUGGCCAAUCAGAACUCGAACCGGAAUUACAGUCCAUACGGAGACAGCAGUGAUGACGGUGUUCCUCGGACAGCCCGCUCCAUGUCACUCACUCUUGGCAAGAGCGUGCCACGCCGGAGAGUUAGUGUGGCGGUGCUUCCAAAGUUUGUCAACUUUCCAGGACAACCGGGCAGCGCCUCCGCCGUUCCCACCGUUGCUGCCGUGGUAGGACACCCACUUAUCUGUAAAACUGAUAUGGAGUCCAACAAUAACACUGAAGCCAACACUGCGAGCUCCACCAGCAACAGCAGCAGCUCGGAAACCAUCACCAGCACUACCAGCGCGGUUCCCAGCAGCUCCAGCAGAACCAGCCCGAUGCUGGCCCCCGUCAUGGAAAUGAAGCAGAAUGACGAUAAAGAGGUGGCGCAGACAGCAGCAGGCACCGUGCGUCCACUCAGCCUUGACCUCACCAGCCUGGAGACCAAGGCCAAGAUUGAGGAGGAAGCCUUCAACAAAGGUUACCAGGAAGGUUUGAAAGCCCAACUCAGCCAGGAUCAGAAGGAGCUUCGGCACGAAACUGGGAAAGCGGAAGGAGCCAGCGAGGGACCACCGGCAGAUACCAGCCUCACAGAGGGAAAGAAGGCCAGUAAGUUGGAAGAGGUUACGGAGCUGAUCGUCCGGCUGUGCCCGAAGCCAGCCAGGCACCGCAGCGUGAUCUGGGUCGUGGCCACCUUUGUCCUCCUCCUGGCCGUUCUCAGCAGCAUCUUCGCCUCUCUGCGCAGUCCAUGUGACCAGGCCACGGGCUCGCCCAGCACGAAGGGCUCCUGCCUCUCCUCCGGGCACAGUUCCACCUGGCCUUUCUGGAGGCUGUGGCACAGGAACCGGGCGCAGGCAUGAGGGAGGGGCAGGGCCCACAGCGGAGGCUGUUUGCCGGAUAAUACUGUGGCAGAGUGGGUGUCGAGCGGUGUGAAAUUGGGCGUGUGGAGGGGAUUGCUGGCCAAGACUGUGAACCUCGUGCCGGCUGCAGUGGCAACGUAGAGCACCAAGGGACUUUGAACUCUGAGACAAGACACAGACAUCGGAGCAGAAUGAGGCCACUCAGCACAUCGAGACUUUCCCUCCAUUCCAUCAUGGAUGAUUCAUUAUCCCUCUCAACCUUGGUCUCAUGCCCUCCCCCUGUAACCUUUGAUGCCCCGACUAACCAAGAACCAGUUAACCUCCACUUUAAAUAUACCCAACAACUCAGCAUCCAAAGCAGUCCAUGGCAAUGAUUUCCACAGAUUCACCACCCUCUGGCUAAAGAAAUUCCUCCUCAUCUCUUUUCUAAAUGUAUGUCCCUCUAUUCUGAGGCUGUGCCCUCUGGUACAAGACUCCCCACUAUAGGAACAUCCUCUCCAUAUCCAGUCUAUCUGGGCCUUUCAACAUUCAAUAGCUUUCAAUGAGAUCCCUUUCAUUCUUCAAUUCCGGCAUCCUCCUUAAGCAAGCUUGUACAUUCCCCCAGGUGACCACUGACUUUCCUCCCCGUGACCGUGUGUGUUUAUACCCCGUGACCGUGUGUGUUUCCUCCCCGUGACCGCGUGUGUUUCCUCCCGUGACUGUGUGUGUUUCCUCCCCGUGACCGCGUGUGUUUCCUCCCCAUGACCGCGUGUGUUUCCAACCCCGUGACCGUGUGUGUUCACUCCCCGUGACCGUCUGUGUUCCCCCCCCCGUGACCAUGUAUGUUUCCUGCCCGUAAACGUGUAUGUUUCCCUCCCGUGACACUGUGUGUUUCCUCCCCGUGACCGCGUGUGUUUCCUCCCGUGACCGCGUGUGUUUCCUGCCCGUAACUGUGUAUGUUACCUCCCCGUGACCAUGUGUGUUUAUACACCGUGACCCUGUGUGUUUCCUCCCCGUGACCGUGUGUGUUUAUACACCGUGACCCUGUGUGUUUCCUCCCCGUGACCGUGUGUGUUUCCUCCCCGUGACCCUGUGUGUUUCCUCCCCGUGAGCCUGUGUGUUUCCUCCCCGUGACCGUGUGUGUUUCCACCCCGUGACCGUGUGUGUUUCCUCCCCGUGACCGCGUGUGUUCCCUCCCCGUGACCGUGUGUGUUUCCACCCCAUGACUGGGUGUGUUCCCUCCCCGUGACCGUGUGUGUUUCCUCCCCGUGACCGUGUGUGUUUCCUCCCCGUGACCUUGUGUGUUUCCUCCCCGUGACCGUGUGUGUUUAUACCUCGUGACCGUGUGUGUUUAUACCCCAUGACCGUGUGUGUUUCUUCCCCGUGACCGUGUGUGUUUAUACACUGUGACCGUGUGUGUUUCCUCCCCAUGACCGUGUGUGUUUAUACCCCGUGACCGUGUGUGUUUCCUCCCCGUGACCGUGUGUGUUUAUACCCCGUGACCGUGUGUGUUUCCUCCCCGUGACCGCGUGUGUUCCCUCCCCGUGACCGUGUGUGUUUCCACCCCGUGACCGGGUGUGUUUCCUCCCCGUGACCGUGUGUUUCCUCCCCGUGACCCUGUGUGUUUCCUCCCCGUGACCGUGUGUGUUUCCUCCCCGUGUGACGGUGUGUGUUUCCUCCCCGUGACCGUGUGUGUUUACACCCCGUGACCGUGUGUGUUUCCUCCCCGUGACCGUGUGUGUUUAUACCCCGUGACCGUGUGUGUUUCCUCCCUGUGACUGCGUGUGUUCCCUCCACGUGACCCUGUGUGUUUCCUCCCCGUGACGGUGUGUGUUCCCUCCCCGUGACCGUGUGUGUUUCCUCCCUGUGACCGCGUGUGUUUCCUCCCCGUGACCUUGUGUGUUUCCUCCCCGUGACCGUGUGUGUUUCCACCCCGUGACCGUGUGUGUUUCCUCCCCGUGACCGUGUGUGUUCCCUCCCUGUGACCGUGUGUGUUUCCACCCCGUGACCCUGUGUGUUUCCUCCCCGUGACAGUGUGUGUUUCCUCCCCGUGACCGUGUGUGUUUCCACCCCAUGACUGGGUGUGUUCCCUCCCCGUGACCUUGUGUGUUUCCUCCCCGUGACAGUGUGUGUUUCCUCCCCGUGACCAUGUGUGUUUCCACCCCGUGACCGGGUGUGUUCCCUCCCUGUGACCUUGUGUGUUUCCUCCCCGUGACCGUGUGUGUUUAUACCUCGUGACCGUGUGUGUUUAUACCCCGUGACCGUGUGUGUUUCUUCCCCGUGACCGUGUGUGUUUAUACCCCGUGACCGUGUGUGUUUCCUCCCCGUGACCGUGUGUGUUUAUACCCUGUGACCGUGUGUGUUUCCUCCCCGUGACCUUGUGUGUUUCCUCCCCGUGACCGUGUGUGUUUAUACCCCGUGACCGUGUGUGUUUCCUCCCCGUGACCGCGUGUGUUCCCUCCCCGUGACCGUGUGUGUUCCCUCCCCGUGACCGUGUGUGUUUCCACCCCGUGACCGGGUGUGUUUCCUCCCCGUGACCGUGUGUGUUUCCUCCCCGUGACCCUGUGUGUUUCCUCCCCGUGACCCUGUGUGUUUCCUCCCCAUGACCGUGUGUGUUUCCUCCCCGUGUGACGGUGUGUGUUCCCUCCCCAUGACCGUGUGUGUUUACACCCCGUGACCGUGUGUGUUUCCUCCCCGUGACCGUGUGUGUUUAUACCCCGUGACCGUGUGUGUUUCCUCCCUGUGACCGCGUGUGUUCCCUCCACGUGACUCUGUGUGUUUCCUCCCCGUGACGGUGUGUGUUCCCUCCCCGUGACCGUGUGUGUUUCCUCCCCGUGACCGUGUGUGUUUCCUCCCCGUGACCGGGUGUGUUCCCUCCCCGUGACCGUGUGUGUUUCCUCCCUGUGACCGCGUGUGUUCCCUCCACGUGACCCUGUGUGUUUCCUCCCCGUGACGGUGUGUGUUCCCUCCCCGUGACCGGGUGUGUUCCCUCCCCGUGACCGUGUGUGUUUGCUCCCUGUGACGGUGUGUGUUUCCCCCCCCCGUGACCGUGUGAGUUUCUGCUCCAUGACGGUGUGUGUUUCCUCCCCGUGACCGUGUGUGUUUGCUCCCCGUGACGGUGUGUGUUUCCUCCCCGUGUCCGCGUGUGUUUCCUCCCCAUGACCGUGUGUGUUUGCUCCCCGUGACCGUGUGUGUUUCCUCUCCGUGACCGUGUGUGUUUCCUCCCAGUGACCAUGUGUGUUUGUUCCCCGUGACCGUGUGUGUUUCCUCCCCAUGACCGUGUGUGUUUGCU